CUAUCCUUCUUUCUCAUAAAUUCGUCUUUUACUUGUUUUUUUUUCUCUAUCUCUCUCUUUCCUUAAAUUGAAAUCCAAACAAUCCUUUCCUACCCUCUUUUUAUUUUUCUUUAUCUCCAUUUUAUCCAUCAUUUUCAAAUCUAUUAACACCCUUGCCACUCUCUCUCUAACUUUCUCUCUCCUCUUCAAAAUCUCUCGAUCUCUCUCUCUAUCUUUCUCUCUCUUCAAUGGUGGCUAAUUCAAACUGAAGUACUCAAAUUCAAAAAACUUUGCGAUCUUUAGACGUUUAUUGAUUUCUGAAACUUCUUAAUUUUUUCAUGUGAUUCAGGAUAUAUUGUUGAAAUUUCGCUGGAAAAAAUACUGGUUGUUUAGUUAUUCUUGAGCUGAUUGAGUAAGUUGCGCCAUUUUCAGCAAUUUGGAGUUCGUUGUAGAUCUUUUUCUUGAUAUAAUCAGUUUAAAGAAAGCUGAGGUUUAGAUUUUGGAGUUUAAGCGUUGUGUUUUUUUGGUAAGAUUGAUGAGAAAUUAGGUAUUUUUUGAUUUGGUUGUUGGUGGUUGAGCUUCGUAAACUGUGCUAGGGUUUUUGAAGGUAUUUUUGCGAUGAAUCGGAGUUUCAGAGGUCCGGAAACGCUAAUGCCGUCGAUUAGACCGAGAGUUCCACAGCUGAAGAGUCUUCAUUCUUCGACGAUGAGAGAGAAAGAAGAUGACCUCGCAUUGUUCCUCGAAAUGCGAAAACGCGAGAAAGAUAAAAAUGAUCUUCUUCUUCUUCAAGACGCAGACGAAUUGGAUGAUUCUUUAGUGUCGCAACCUGGAAGUUCGCCGCUGUUUAAUAUUCCGUCCGCCACGCCGGCGAGGAAGACGGAUGACUUUCUAAACGGAGAAGGCGAAAAGAAUGAUUAUGACUGGCUUCUGACCCCUCCUGGUACUCCCCUGUUUCCUUCUUUGGAGAUGGAAUCAAGGAAAACCUACAUGGAUGAUGGAGAAGCUCCAAAACCUCAACCUACUGUACUGAGAUCAAGAUUGGCAAACUCUCAGACAGAGACCACUGUGAGAAGUAGCUUGAUGCCAAGGCAGCCAACUGCAUCUGCUGGGUUGUCUUCUUCUAUUUCAGGCAUGCGGAGGCCUUCUUCAUCAGGAGGUCCAGGGUCAAGGCCUCCCUCAUCAGGGGGUCCAGGGUCAAGACCAGCAACACCAGGGGGUGGAUCUAGACCUGCAACACCUACUGGUCGCCCUACGUCUACAUCUUCUAAACCUUCAAGAUCCUCUACUCCAACUUCUCGGAGUACAAUGUCUUCUUCGAAGCCCACACUUCACUCCUCUUCACCCAAGCCCUCUGGUUCAUUGACAUCAGCUCGGUCCACAGCUUCUGUGACGUCUACCAGGUCUGCAGGUCCAUCAAGGUCCUCGACCCCUACAAGAUCCACUACUAGACCUACAGUUCAAUCAGCUGGGCCAUCAAGGUCAUCGACUCCUACUAGGUCCACUGCAAGAUCAGCUACACCAACAAGGCCUACUGCAAGAUCUUCAACUCCAACAGCUAGGCCUACAGCUCCUACAUCCCGACCCACAUCCAGGGCAUCGACUCCAACUCGUCGUCCGUCAAUGCCCUCAAGUGGUUCUAAUGUCACUGCAUCUCUUAACAAGUCAUCUUCUUCAAUUAGUAGCAAGUCAGUGGGUUCAGCACCAUCUAGGAACCCUGUGCCUUCUCGUGGUACCUCUCCAACUGUUAGAUCGCGGCCGUGGAACCCAUCUGAGAUGCCUGGUUUUUCUUUAGAUGCUCCACCAAAUCUGAGAACUACCCUCCCUGAUAGACCACUUUCAGCUACACGUGGUAGACCUGCAGCCCCCUCUGCCCGAUCUUCUUCUGUGGAGCCUAUCAGUAAUGGAAGACAUAAACGUCAGUCUUGUUCUCCUUCCAGAGGGCGGGCCCCUAAUGGUGGCAUUCAUUCUAGUGGAAGUUCUGUGCCUGCAGUGAGUCGAGGGCAUUCCAAAGUAAACGAUGACGUGAGCCCUGUAGUUAUUGGAACAAAAAUGGUUGAGCGGGUGAUUAACAUGAGGAAAUUGGGACCACCAAGACAGGAUGACAAACAUUCUCCUAGUUUAUCAGGGAAAUCGGCAUCAUCCCCUGAUAGCUCUGGCUUUGGACGAACACUUUCUAAGAAGUCCUUGGAUAUGGCUAUACGGCAUAUGGAUAUAAGGCGAAGUAUCCCUGGUAACUUACGACCAUUGAUGACAAAAAUUCCAGCAUCUUCCAUGUACAGUGUGAGAUCAGGGCCUACGGGAAGCAGGACAGCUAGUGUUUCUGAUUCACCCCUUGCGACGAGCAGUGCCAGUUCCGAGCACAGUGUUAAUAACCAUGCCGGGCAUGGUAGUGAAUUGGAAGACGACCUCGCCAGUGAACGAGGUUGUCAAGCUUCACCUACCGCCGUACAUAGGUGACACUUGGCAGUGUGCUCCGAGAAAAUUCUAAUGCAUUUGCUUGUCUGUUGGUUUUUGAUAUUAUCAGCAAUCUGGGGGUAUUUGGACACAAGGUGGUUUUUUUCACGGAGUUGCAGGCUGUUAUGAUGUUGUGUGUAAAGUUAUCGAGCAUCCACAAAGUAUUUAAGUUUAUAUAAUUAACAGCCCGUGUACUAUUAGAACUUAUUAGCUGAACUAUCAUUCUAGCUGACUUUUGGAAAAAUCUUGCCAACUACUGAUAUAUUGGUAUGCUAACUAUGAAGAUCAUUGAUUAACCACAA